AUGGACUACGGUUUUGUGGGCUCGCCCUCACAGUCACCAAAUCAAUCAUUUUUCACUACCGGGCAUUAUUUUGAUAGCACCUCGGAGAGCUCGAGUCCAAGUUCUCCUCAUCAAAUCAAUCGAAUGAUGCUUAAUAGUGCGCCUCUGCACUAUGACAUGUUCCAGUACGGAGCGACGCCUUCUAGCUACUAUCCUGCCACACAAUCCGCCAAGAUCUCCGUCGAAUACAACGACCAAACUACGCUCGGCGCGAACGUGCGAAGGAGACGAAGGUCAGGCAGCACGUCAGCUCCUACGAAGGACAAGGAUACAAUCACCAACAUGCAUUUGAGACGACGAGCCCAGAAUCGAGCUUCUCAAAGAGCAUUUCGAGAACGGAAGGAAAAGCACGUCAAAGGUUUAGAGCUUCAACUAGAAGACAUCCAUGAGAAACACCAGGAUCUCUUGCAGACAUACACCCGGCAGUCCGACGAGGUCGCAAAACUAAAUAACAGGAUUGCGGAGCUCACAACCGAGAUCAACUCUCUGCGAUCAUGCCAGGAUCAAUCCUUUAGUGAUAUGCUCCUUCCAGACAAGUUCGACAAGUUCGACGCCUUCUCGGGACAUGACAUGCUUCACGAUGGGCCUGACUGCUAUUUCGACAAGACGGCAGUAGAUCUCAAUUCCGAGUUCUCCUUACACUCCUUUGAAGACUCAUUAUAG